AUGUGUGAAUCUCUACCAACUACCAACAACUGUGCGUGCAAGGAUGAUGAGAUGAUUGCUGUUGAUGAUAAUGACGUUUGGCGUUUAUGGGCACGUGCAAUCUUGCGUAAUCAUUUUAAAUAUUUGUCAAAGAAUGAUGAGAGCAAUAAACAAAAAAAAAACAUUCAAACAAUACUUUUAACAGCUUAA